AUGACUCGUAUAAAGAACCAGGAGCCCUCGCCGCCGACUAGGGCCCAGAUCAAAUAUGUUCUGUUCCACAACUGUAUCCCCUUUAUUGGAUUUGGUUUCCUUGAUAAUGCCAUCAUGAUCGCAGCAGGAACACAGAUUGAACUCUCUAUCGGAGUCACUCUCGGGAUCUCCACCAUGGCUGCUGCUGCGUGGGGGAACCUGAUUUCAGAUCUGGCCGGUCUCGGUCUUGCAGGUUAUGUGGAGGUUCUGGCGACCAAAUUUGGGAUGCAGGGUCCAGAACUGACGCCCAAACAGGCGGACAUGUGGCAGACCAGGGUCAGCUCACACAUGGGGAAAGCCAUCGGAGUGUCCAUCGGCUGUAUCUUGGGGAUGUUCCCGCUGUUCUUCCUGGAUGAUGAUGAGGACAAAGAGAAAGCACAGCCCCGCAUAGACACAGUGUCACCGUCUUCAUAAGCAGCCGCUCCACUGCACACGUACAGACUGGAUACUGCUGAUGAAGUAUUUCCAGCUGGAUGUUUCUCUGUCUUCCUGCUCAGGCGGCGUUCACACCUCUUCAGUCUGUAAACCUAGCUGAUGAGAUUCAGUUCACAAGCCCUUGGAGCUUCUUCCUAACACCAAGCUGUGUUCACUGUCUGCUCAACUUGCCAUCUGUUAACUGAACAUGUCAAUACAAUGGCUAUUCUCUCAUUUCAAUUCAUCCAUUUGACACGUUGAGGGACAGACGCUCCAGGGACCCAUCAUCCAUUCUUCUUUUUCACCAUGAGAAAACAAGCUUUGAUUUCUUUGUGAUAUAUAUCCACAUAAUGUUAGACACUUUCAAUAAUAAUAUUGAAUGAGUCUGUCUCAAGCACUUUUCAAAUCUUACAUUUUCUUAAACAAUUCUAUGAUGUAGUCACAAUCCCAUAUCUGAUUCAGGUCUGUUUGAUCUGUACAGCAUAGCACACUCUGUCCUCAGACCCCUCAGCAAGUAAGGAAAGCCCACCCCCAGUACUAACAAAUGCAUCUUAAACUACAUUCAGCCUGUUUGUGUUCUUAUCCAAUCACUAAGAAGUCAAACAUUUUCCCCAUGAGUUACUUAAACACAAAGACAUGGUGGAAAUGAAUCUGAUGAGUCUCAGCGUGGAUUCAUGCUCUCUCGUCAGCAAAUACUUUAAUUACACGUUUGCCAACAAACUCAAUUAAAUACAGUUUCCCCGUCAAUAACAGGGCUACAAGCUCACUUUUUAGUACCGCAGCAAUCUCAUGUAUACUUAGAUUCUUGCAUGCAGUGGAGUACUGUGUGUGUACACAUUGUAAUUGGUGAGAACGGAUCAGUGCUCUCCAUUGGCAGAUUCCUCAGUAUAUGAAUCCAUAUCAAGGGGGAGGAGUUACCGAUGCAGAACGUUGCAGCCUCCUUAGUCCCAGCCUGAGAUCCACUAACUGGAACCUUUGUCCCCUGUUGUUAAGAGCAAUCAAUAGUGUAGAUUAGAAGCUCAUUUAUUCUUAGAAAUGAAAAGAUUUGGUUGUCAUUGGAAACCAAUGUGUAUUAAGUCCCAGUCUUUGACACAGUUCCAAUAGCUUUUGUGAACGCUGCCUGCGCGGCUCUCAGGAUGGGAAGUGCUCACAACACCUGCACACUCCAGCUGGUUCAAACAUCAGCUUCAGCCACAGCAGGUUCAUAAUAAUAUUCUUUAUUAGACCCCCUCCUCUUGUCCACAGAGGGGUGUGAGUUGCCAUCACACAGAAACAUCCAGGUGUGAGGGGUCCCGUCCUGACGGUAGAAACAUGCAGCAUGUUCAGGAACACUACUUCACGUUCAACAGACAACCUGAGGCUUGUGUCCUUUUGAUUUUCAACUAACUUGUAAAGCAGUACGUGGAAUAUGUUGGGACUCUAUACACAAACCAUGUAGGGUGAAAACAGGAAAGCGUUUCUCAACGUUCAGUGCCCACUGCUACCUCCAUGGGAAUGUGUGUCUGUGUUUUGCAUGAAGAACUGAUGUAGCUCUAUAAUCAAAUAUUUCCUCGUCAGAUGGUUUUUAAUAUGCUGGAAUAUCUUCAAAUGUCUUGUACCGACCGGUUGAAGGAGGGUCAGUGGCGAGGCUCUGAAACUGAAGUUGCUCAUUUCAGUUUUGGGCUUUACUCUUUGUUUUCCAAGGUCUUCUUUGUAUCUCAUCUUUUCUCUUAAGGACGCUUGAUUUGGACCCAGCCAUCUGUGUUCUCUUCUUAGGUUUGUGCUCCAUCACACUCGUAGCUGCAGAUGGUUGGAUUUACCACAAACAAUAAGAGCGUGCAGCCUCAAAGUGUCUAGCAUAUACCACGAGUCCCUUCAGUAGGUUUGAUUGAUUUCUACAGCUCAGACAUUGUCUUUUUCAAAUGUGUAGUCUCUCUCUCUCUUUGCUUCUCUCUCUCUCUUUGCUUCUCUCUCUCUCUUUGCUUCUCUCUCACUCCAGCUUUCUGCUCAUAUUCAAGGUGCUUUUUGUAAAUACAGUGAAUCCAAUUGAUCCUGCUGCCUCUGAAACCAAUCCCUAUUCACUCCUUAUUUCAAUUUCCAUUUUGUAAUGGUGCAACAGAAUAUUAUUUUCACUUUUGAUUUUUAUGGAUCAACAAUUAUUCAUUCUUUGAAUCAGAAAAAUAAAUGUUGGGGAUCCUAGAAAAUAUAUUUUUCUAAGUAAUUGCCUAAAAUACAAGAAUCUUACAUUCUAAAUACUCACAUUUUAGAAUGGCACUACUUAGGAUUCUUUAUGUAAUAUGUAUGCACUAUAAUUUGCUCUAAAAAUAUCCCACAAUGCAUCAAAACAAAGUAGAGUCCACGGCAAUUAUGUUUUGAUGAUCCUAAAUAGCAAAGCCUAACAUUUGAUGGAUGCUUAAAGAACAUUUCUACCACACUACUGCUGAUGCGUGAUGUUUUAUUGUCCCAUAAAUGAAUGUUGAAAUGGAAUCUCAAGCAUAGCUUUCCCCCAGUAUUCCUGAUUACUACAUAUUCAAAAGGAGAGAAAUACUGCUUAUUAGUCUACAUAAACAUAUCAACUAUAGCUAUAUUGUUGCACACAAUUGUAUAAUAAUGUAAGAGCAGUAACAUUCUGGUGUUGCUCAUGGGAAAAUCUGUAUUUAUUUGUUGCCUUAUUUCCUCUUUGCGUCUCUGCAGUUGCAACAGUAACAUGAAGGGUUAACCCAUCAGUGAGGGAGGGGCUUCAGACUCACACCACACUUUGUUUCUAUGAACCCUCAACUGGCUUUGACACUAGCAGAGCACGCUGGUCAGGAGGAAGGACAGCAGGAGUUAUGCUAAUGCCUUGAAAGGUUUGAGAAAUGCCUAAACUCUAAAAUGUUGUGAUAUUGAUUGUGAUGCAGGGAGGAGACGUGUUCAUCUUCAGAGGGAUGAGGACACAAAUCCUCAAAUGGAAAAGGAAUGAAGUGAAGGAGAUGAGGAAUGUUGGGGAAUAAUGGAACCUCUGAGUUCAGACUGACUGGAGACAGAAAUGUUUAACACAUAUUGUAAUGAGUGGUUGGAUUCCAUAUUUAACUUUGUCUUUGGUUUGACUGUAAAAGCCGCGAGGGAGUUAUGGUGCAGAACAAGAAGCAAUAUCUGUUUUGAAUCGUGUGCUAAAUAAGGAGUAACUCAUUAAUAAUCAAUGUUCUCAGACACUUGAUCUCGAAUGGUUUUGUAUCAUCUCAUGUUUAUAUCACGUUGUGUAAUGUUUUCUAACAGGAUGCUCAGGCCUGUGGUGAACACAUUGGAUUGUUUUGUAUUCCUCUAGAGAUUUUGAAGCAUAUGAACAAAGUAUAACCUCUUAAUGAAUGCUGUGUUGUGCUGCCAUCUUGUGGACCAGCAGCUGUGCACUGAUACGUGUAUGUACUCCAGCCAGUCAUGUGGAAGGACUGAUUAUACAGGAUGCAUUGUGGAACAUAAUGUGCAAUUUAAACUCAUGUAAUAAAUGUGGGAAUGUUACCUCUGACUCUG